AAACACUAUCACUGAAUAAAGAUGGAUUUCCACUAUCAAGUAUUCUCAUAUCAAAAUCCGAAGAAAAAUAUAUGCCGACCAAAAGAAACUUGACCAUCGAAACUGUCUUUAAAGCUCAAACAUCAAAGCCUCAACACAAAAAGGAACUUUUUAAUGCUGACAAUCGGGAAGUAUAUAGUGUGAAAGAAACAGAAGAAAAGAUAAUCAAGAUCAAGAAUCAAGAAAAGAAAAAUCACUUGUCAACUGAUCACGAAAUUGCCGUUAACUAUGAUUUACUAGUUCCUGUUCGAAACCAAAAGAAGAAUGAAUCAAGAAAAUAUAGCAAUAAGGACCUAGUUAUAAAGAAUACUCCCUGGGAAGCUGAAGCUAAAAGAAAUAAGCAUAAGGAAUCUAGUUAUUAUCAAAAACCAUCAAAAAUAGAAGGACCUAUCAAUCAUCAACCUACCAACAAUAAUCUUGGACACUAUAACCGAAACAGAGUUAAAAUUGAAACAAACGAUCAUAAAACAUCCGUUUAUUAUCAAGAAGUUUCUGAGGUUAAACAAACUGACAAACCUUAUACCCUUGAUGUUAAGUCUGACAACAACGUUAAUGAUGAUGAUAACAAUGAGACCUGGUACCCUUGUAACGACAAGAUUCCAGAAGAAUGGUUGGGUUCGAAUGACCAUAAAGAACUUACUAAAGCCGAAUUGAAAGUCAUGGAGAGUUUAGAUAAAAGCGACGAACCUGAUAACUAUAAAGAAGCUGAUGAAAAGAUUGAAUACGCUGAUGAUACUGAAAAAAAUAGCAAAUAUUCAGCUGCCUCUCCGAAGCUUAUACCUAUAGAGAAAAACUAUCUACUAAAAAUUGGUGCUAAACAAGACCAACAUCAGUCACUUACCGAUUCUGUGUGUAAUCGCAAUGAAAAAGGAAUUAUUGCACCUACUCAAUAUG